AUGCAACGUGGCAGCAAUCCAGACGAGAUUGAAUUAGACAGUUUUCGGUUACGUGAGCAGGCCUCCGAAGAGUCAUCUGUGGCAUCAAAACUAGUUCCCUGCCUACCCCGGGGUCUUCAAAAUCGAAUCAAGAAAGGCCAAGAAAACCAACAAGAGUGGAUCACGGGUGUCGUUAUUUGCGCUUGUGGUACCUUUAUCAUCUUAUCUCUGAAUAUCAUCCUCACAGUCAUUGCUGCUGCCAUAUUCUAUUCAAAGCCCCAGGAACAAGAAUCCAUUUCCGCCCUUCUCUACCAGGGAAAAUGCUCUGUUUCGAAGAACUGGGCUCGUGGCCUGCAUUUUUUGAUAAACGUACUCAGCACCCUCAUGUUAGCAGCAAGCAACUUUUGCAUGCAGUGCCUGAGUUCCCCGUCUCGGGAUGAAGUCGACAUUGCGCAUGCUCAGGGGAAAUGGCUUGACGUGGGUGUACCCAGUUUGAAGAACCUCACAUCCAUUGGUGUGAAACAGCGCAUGCUUUGGUUUGCACUACUUGUCACUUCUUUGCCCAUCCAUCUACUAUACAACUCUGCUAUAUUCUCUUCACUGGCAACAAAUGAGUAUGGCGUUAUCCUCAUGUCAAGCGACCUCGAUUACAGUAAAGACCCGGAUCAUUCGAAUUGCUUUGAGCAGCACAUCAAUAUAAACGAGUCGACAUUUGACUCUAGAUUCCGCAAUUUUCAAAACCUUACCAAGCAGAAUUGCAUUGAGACCUACGCAGCAGACUUUGUCACGGAUCGAGGUACUUUGAUUCUUGCCAGCAAGGAUCUCACAUCUAAUGAUUCGCUGCGAUUCGUGGGAACUGGACAACAGCCAGCAUCUUAUUUUGAAACCGUGCCCGACCCUUAUGGUUGGAUGUGCGAUGAAGUAUCUUGUACAACAGACGAUCCACAAGAGCUCGUCAACAGAUCAUUCAAAGAAGCAGCCCCUUGGAUUGCACCAGCAUUAUCGGCAAGAUUCUACCUGAAUGCAUCGUAUGCAGUGAAUAUCACGCAAAGGUAUGAUACUCGCAAUAACAUACGGUCACUAGAAGGUGAUUUAGACCGAGAUGUUAAGCACCUCCAAAGAUUUAUGGCCUCGUAUCCUGAGGAGCAACAGCUAAAGCAGUAUCUUGAUGAUGCCACUCAUUGGCGGAACAGUUCUUGGGCCAAGCAGAUCAUGGUUCAGGAAAAUGGAUACGCCUGCCCGCCUAUAACCAAGGACGAUUAUGGACUUUAUUUCCACCCUUCCAACCCUUUCAAGGAAUAUCGCUCCUCCGCUGAAGAACGUCUCAUUACGUUUGACUACUGUUUAAGUGAAAGAAUCGAUGAGAAAUGCCAGCUUUACUUCAGUCCUCCCAUUUGCCUUGUUGUCAUACUCUGCAACGUUGUCAAGGUGAUAUGCAUGUUCUUGACGAUUCAUAGCAAUAAGAAAAGAAUUUUAUUGACUGUUGGUGACGCUAUAUCUUCAUUUCUCUCCAAGCCUGACAUCACGACUCAAGGAGAGUGUCUUUUGUCGGCCUCAAAAAUUAACUCUCGAUACCCGUCCAAGACUUCCUUUUUUCAAAAGAACGACACGAAUAUCCUCCCCAGAAGAAAACGAUGGGCACAAGUUAUUAGCUCCAUGUAUUGGAUGGCCAUGAUUGCCUUGAGUUUGUCAGUUAUUUCGGUGUCUAGCUAUCUUCUUUCUUUGGCUUUCAGCGGCUUUUCGAAAAGAGGGUAUCAACACUCGAUCAAAUACCUAUGGAACUUGGGUUUUGGGUCUGCCACAACGCGCACUACGAUCUACCAAUUCUUGAAUUCCAGCUAUGUCCUAUUGGUUUUCAUGGCAAACACCCCUCAAUUAAUUGUCUCUGUGGUCUACUUUCUCUACAACAAUAUCUUGACCAAAAUGCUUCUUGCCUAUGAAUACGAUAGUUACGGCAUACAACGGAAACCAUUGCGCGUUUCAUGGCCAAAGGGGAAACAGCGUUCGACUUACUACCUCACUCUCCCGUAUCGAUACAGCAUCCCACUUCUGGUCACCUCCGCAGUAUUGCAUUGGCUGGUCUCCCAAAGCUUCUUUUUUGUGGCCAUUAUUCUAUUCGACAUUCGUGAAAAGUCGGAAGGUAAUUAUCGGGUUUUCUCAUGUGGAUACUCGCCAAUGGCUAUCAUUCUCGCCAUCUUUGUCGGUGGCCUGAUGAUUCUUGCAAUAUUAUGUUUGGGGAUAAGGCGUUUUAAAUCGGAUAUACCCAUUGCUGGGAGCUGUAGCGCCGCAAUCAGCGCUGCAUGUCACCCUCUCACUGGCAAAGGACACGAACUCAGAGCCAUCCAAUGGGGCGAGAUUCAGGCACCAUCCGAACACGACAUCGUCUCGACUCAGGCAACCAAACAAGCCGCAUCCCAAUCUGUAUCCAGUCUGCAGUCAAUAGGUCUCGAUGCGGGGGAGGAAUCGAGUACGCAACUGGGAGGAAGCCAUAUCCACCUAUUGGAUCCGGCGGGGCAAGGAUCCUAUGUUGGGGAAGGACAUGGCCAUUGUAGCUUUACGUCUGAUGAGGUUAAUACUCCUCGUCCUGGACGGCUAUAUGCCUGA